AUGGGUGCUCCUUUAUCUUCAUGGCCAUGGGAAAACUUUGGAGUAUUUAAGUAUGUAUUUUAUGGACCUAUUGUUGGAAAAGUGGUGUAUGAAAUGAUGAAUCAAGAGGAACAUUCAAAGUUGAACCUAAGCUGGUGGUGCCUAAAUUUGAUCAUACUAUGUGGUCUCAGAACUGUAUUACACGUAUUUUGGAGUUCUUAUAGUAACAUGCUUUUUCUUACUAGAAAUCGAAAGAUUCUUCAACAAGGUGUUGAUUUUAACCAGAUUGAUAAAGAAUGGAACUGGGACAAUUUCUUGAUUCUUCAAACACUUGUUGCUUCCAUAGUUUGUUAUAUUUUUCCAUUUCUUCAACAUCUUCCUAUAUGGAAUGUGAAAGGUCUUGUUCUUGCUUUGAUUCUUCAUGUGGGAGUUUCCGAACCGGUUUAUUAUUGGGUUCAUAAGAAAUUUCAUGGAGAUUAUCUUUUCAAAAAUUAUCAUUCACUUCAUCAUUCGUCUCCGGUGCCUACGCCUUUAACCGCUGGAAAUGCAACAUUUAUGGAACAUAUAAUUUUAAUGGUGGUGAUUGGAAUCCCAAUAUUUGGGACUUCUAUGAUGGGAUAUGGAUCAACAAGUUUGGUAUAUGGUUAUGUGUUGAUUUUUGAUUACCUAAGAUGUUUAGGUCAUUGCAAUGUUGAAAUUGUUUCACACAAGUGGUUUGAGGCAUUUCCAUUUCUUAAAUAUGUGAUUUACACACCAACAUAUCACAAUCUUCACCGAACUGAUAAAGACACUAACUUCUGCCUCUUUAUGCCUCUCUUUGAUGCAUUAGGCAACACACUCAACACAAAAUCAUGGACAUUGCACAAAACUUUAAGUUCGGGUUCAGGGAACGAAGCUAGGGUACCGGAUUUUGUUUUCCUAGCUCAUAUGGUGGAUAUAUCGUCCGCCAUGCAUGUUCCGUUCGUUCUACGAUCCACUUCUUCGCUGCCUUACACCACAAGACUCUUCUUCAUCCCAUGUUUGCCAUUUACGUUUAUAGUUGUGAUGGUUAUGUGGCUUCGGUCCAAAACGUUUUUACUUAGUUUCUAUAACCUUAGAGGUAGACUUCACCAAACCUGGGUCGUGCCACGAUGCGGCUUCCAGUAUUUCUUGCCAUUUGCUACCGAUGGAAUUAACAAGCUUAUCGAGCAAUCUAUCCUCAGAGCCGAUAAAAUGGGAGUUAAAGUCAUUAGUCUAGCUGCAUUGAACAAGAAUGAAUCGUUAAAUGGCGGAGGAAAGCUUUUUGUGGACAAACAUCCAAACCUUAGGGUUAGAGUUGUUCACGGAAACACCUUAACCGCUGCUGUCAUUCUCAAUGAGAUCCCUCAAGGUGUCAAUGAAGUGUUCCUAACCGGAGCUACUUCCAAACUCGGAAGAGCGAUUGCUCUCUACCUUUGCGAAAAGAAAAUUAGAGUUCUGAUGUUAACUAUUUCAACAGAUAGAUUUCAUAAGAUUCAAAAAGAAGCUCCUCUUGAAUACCAAAGUUACCUUGUUCAAGUUACAAAAUACCAAGCAGCACAAAACUGCAAGACAUGGAUUGUUGGGAAAUGGAUAACUCCAAGAGAACAAAGUUGGGCACCAAAAGGAACCCAUUUUCAUCAAUUUGUUGUUCCACCAAUUUUAUCAUUCCGAAGAGACUGUACUUAUGGCGAACUCGCUGCCAUGAAAUUGCCAGAAGACGUGGAAGGUCUCGGUUGCUGUGAGUACACAAUGGAAAGAGGAGUAGUUCAUGCAUGCCAUGCUGGAGGAGUGGUACACAGUCUUGAAGGAUGGAGUCAUCAUGAAGUUGGAGCCAUUGAUGUGAAGAGAAUUGAUCUUGUGUGGCAAGCAGCACUCAAACAUGGCUUAAAACCAGUCACAACUUGUCCACAUGAUAAAACAGAUUAA